AUCAGACGUUCUGUUAAUAUAUUGAUGUGCUAAACCUUCAGUGAGUGCAGAUUCUGGUUAAGAGGCGCCCUGCGCAUGCGCGACUCAGAGCCACUGUUUGAGACGGAAGACUGCGGAGUGUCUCUCCACUUACUGCGAAUCAAGAGAAAAACUCAAGAAAAGUGCAGGACAACCAGCAGAACAUCUCAAACGAAACCUCCCUGAAGGGUCAGAUCAGAUCAGAAGGAUGUCAGGGUUUCUGGACGGGAUCAGAUGUGGCGAUUGUGAGUGUAAUGUGGACUGGGGAGAGAAGAGAAAUACCAUCGCCUCCAUCGCAGCUGGAGUUCUGUUUUUCACAGGCUGGUGGAUCAUCAUCGAUGCGGCGAUAAUGUACCCUAAAGAGGAAGAGUUCCACCACGCAUAUCACACCUGUGGGGUUAUAGCGACUAUAGCCUUCCUCAUGAUCAAUGCGGUGUCAAACGGCCAGGUGAGGGGGGACAGCUACAGCGAGGGCUGCUUGGGACAGACAGGUGCCAGAGUUUGGCUCUUCAUCGGGUUCAUGUUGGCGUUCGGGUCUCUCAUCGCAUCUAUGUGGAUUCUGUUCGGUGGUUUUGUUGUGACUGAAAAAAAGGAUCUGUCCGUGUAUCCUGGUAUUGCAGUUUUCUUCCAAAAUGCAUUCAUCUUCUUUGGUGGUCUGGUGUUUAAGUUUGGCCGAACUGAGGACCUCUGGCAGUAAAGAUCCAUUUUCUUCGAUCAAAUCCCACAGUCCAUCAACACACAAUUCCUCUGUACUUAUUGCUGCUUAUUUGCACUCUACAGUUCUUUCUCAUUUCUUUUCCAACUCCUCAGCUGCCUCCCGUUCUUAAAUAUAUUCCUUUUUCCUUUCUUUGUCUUGUUUCCUGUGUGGCCACAGUGGGCGCCCACAGCGAGAGAAAUGUGAAUCAAAUCCAGACUCUGCAGUCAGAAUGGACACAUUUAGACUUCAUACUGCGUCUAUAGUAAAAAUGACUUGUAUACAAUGGAAUUACAACCAAUAUGUCUUCAGCCUUCAGAAAAACAUUUUCGAAAUGUUAAACAUUAUUGAUUCACAAAAUAUAGUUGCAUGAUAUUUUGCAACAGCAGUUUUUGAGCAGAACCUUUAAUAACCAAAAUAAGUACAGCUUCACUGUGUUUCUACUUUCAAUGUCAUCAUUUGAAUAAAAGUCUUUUCUUUAUUUA